AAAGUGAAAAAUACCGACAAGGUAUUUGCAAUGAAGAUACUGAACAAGUGGGAAAUGCUGAAGAGAGCAGAGACCGCGUGUUUUCGGGAGGAGAGAGAUGUGUUGGUGAACGGAGACUGCCAGUGGAUCACCACCCUGCACUACGCCUUUCAGGAUGACAACAAUUUGUAUCUGGUCAUGGAUUACUACGUGGGCGGCGACCUGCUCACUCUGCUCAGCAAGUUUGAGGACCGACUGCCAGAAGAGAUGGCCAAAUUCUACCUGGCGGAGAUGGUGCUGGCCAUCGACUCGGUUCAUCAGCUGCACUACGUCCACAGGGACAUUAAACCUGACAACAUUUUGUUGGAUAUGAACGGCCACAUCCGUCUGGCCGACUUCGGCUCCUGUCUCAAACUCAUGGAGGACGGGACGGUCCAGUCCUCCGUGGCGGUGGGCACCCCAGACUACAUCUCUCCUGAAAUCCUCCAGGCCAUGGAGGAUGGGAAAGGAAAGUAUGGGCCUGAGUGCGACUGGUGGUCCCUGGGUGUCUGCAUGUAUGAAAUGCUGUACGGUGAAACUCCCUUCUAUGCAGAGUCCCUGGUCGAAACCUAUGGGAAAAUCAUGAACCACAAGGAGAGAUUCCAGUUCCCGCAGCAGAUAUCAGACGUGUCAGAAGACGCGAAGGAUCUGAUUCGCCGGCUUAUUUGCAGUCGCGAACACCGGCUGGGUCAGAAUGGGAUCGAAGACUUCAAGCAGCAUCCGUUUUUCAGUGGCAUUGACUGGGACAACAUCCGCAUGUGCGAGGCCCCGUACAUCCCAGAAGUCAGCAGUCCUACAGAUACCUCCAACUUUGAUGUAGAUGACGAUUGUCUGAAGAACUCGGAAACAAUGCCCCCUCCCUCUCACACUGCCUUCUCUGGACACCAUCUGCCCUUUCUGGGCUUCACCUACACGAGUAAAUGUACACUGUCUGACCGAGGUUGCCUGCGACAGCUUGCGGCCGAGCCGGGCAAGACGGGCCAAGACCAGUUGGACUCAGAAGUCCAGCGCAGCCUGGAGGACAGCCUGGCCACCGAGGCCUAUGAGAGGAGAAUCCGUCGUCUGGAGCAGGAGAAACUAGAGCUGAGUCGCAAACUGCAAGAGUCGACACAGGCGGUACAGGCACUGCAGCAUCCCACCGGCGAGGGUCCCGUCAGCUCUAACAAAGAGGUGGAGAUCAGGAGUCUGAAGAGUGAGAUCGACAUCCUCAAGAAGCAGAUUGCUGACUCCGGGCAACUGGAGAAGCAGCUGGAGGAUGUGACAUUAGCCCGCAGAGACCUGGAGGACUCCUCCAAGUACGUGAAAUCUCUGGAGAAACAAAUGAAGAGCAUAACACAGGAAAGAGACGAUCUCCAUAAGGACCUCGCGGACACCAACGAGAGACUAAAAUCUCAGUCUAAAGAGCUGAAGGACGCUCACAGUCAGAGGAAACUGGCCAUGCAUGAGUUUUCUGAGCUCAAUGAGAGACUCACAGAACUCAGGUCAGCGAAGCAGCGCCUGUCCCGUCAGUUGCGAGAUAAGGAGGAGGAGACUGAGAACCACAGUCAAAAGGUCGAAGCUCUCCGCCUUGAGGUGCGGAAGGCCGAGAGGGCCAAGAAGGAGAUGGAGGCUCAGGCGGAGGAGCAGGCAGCGGAGGCCCAGAAAGAGAGAAAACUUAGAGAACGCAAUGAGCAGUACAGCCGACAGCUGGAAGAGGAGUUGGAAGGACUUAAGGUGAAGCAGACGGGCCCGUCUACCGGUCCUGCCUCGGCCGACCAAGCCCAGGAAGUUGGACGUCUGCGCGGGGACCUGGAGAAGAAAACGGUUCUGUUCGAGGAGGAACUGGCUCGUCGGGAGGCGCAGCACAGCACUGACAUGAAGGCCCUGCGCAAGGAGCUGAGGGACGCCGAGAGCCAACAUCUCACUCUGCAGAAAGAAGUCCUGAUGCUGAAGGACAAGCUGGACAAGACCCGACGCGAGAGCCAAAGCGAACGGGAAGAGUUCGAGACGGAGUACAAGCAGAAGUACGAGAGAGAGAAGAUCCUGCUCACUGAGGAAAAUAAGAAGCUGUCCACUGAACUGGACAAGUUGACGAACAUGUUUGAAAAAGUGAGCAGCUCCAACCGGCAUUUGGAGGACGAGAUGAGAGAGCUGGCUGACAAGAAGGAGAGUGUCGCUCACUGGGAAGCCCAAAUCACUGAAAUCAUCCAAUGGGUGAGUGAUGAGAAGGACGCUCGUGGAUAUCUGCAGGCGCUGGCCACUAAGAUGACAGAGGAGCUGGAGGGACUGAGAAACACCAGCUUGGGCACCAGAGCCACGGACAUGCCGUGGAAGAUGCGGCGCUUCGCCAAGUUGGACAUGUCGGCCCGUUUGGAGCUGCAGUCAGCCUUGGAUGCGGAGAUCAGAGCUAAGCAGGGCAUCCAGGACGAGCUGAAUAAGGUCAAGGCCAACAGCAUCUCAACCGAGUGCAAAUUGCAGGAGGUCGAGACUAAAAACCAGGAGCUUUUGGCUGAGAUUGAUCGUCUGAAAAAGGAGACGGAGGAGCUCCGACUACGAAGGGGUUUCAAGCACCAGGAUUCCCAGAAUUCCUUCCUGGCUUUUCUCAAUGCCCCGACGUCAGCGCUCGACAAUUUCGAUCGCUCGCCAUCCGUUGGCCCAGCUAGCAAAGGCAGACGUGUGGACUCUAUGGAUAACUUUACCCCCUCCAACACUCCUUCACGAGAAGACGACCCCAAGUCUCUCCUUAAAUCCCGUUCACGUUCACCCUCCAUGGCCAGUGACAUGGAGCCCAUAGAGUUGAUAGACCAUCCUCCUCGUACAAUCCAGACUCCCACCAUGCGCUCAGGAGGUCACGGCAGUAUUGGCCGCUCCUCACCAAAGCCCAAAGCACAUCAAUUCGUGGUGAAGUCCUUCAACACCCCCACCAAGUGUAACCAGUGCACUUCCCUCAUGGUGGGACUCAUACGUCAGGGCUGCACCUGUGAAGUGUGUAACUUCUCCUGCCACGUAACGUGUGCAGACAAGGCUCCUGCUGUGUGUCCCGUGCCCCAGGACCAGACCAAGGGGCCACUGGGUAUUGACCCUCAGAGAGGCAUCGGUACUGCGUAUGAAGGGCACGUCAGGGUGCCCAAACCCACCGGGGUGAAGAAGGGCUGGCAGAGAGCAAUGGCCGUGGUGUGCGACUUCAAACUGUUUCUCUACGAACUGGGAGAAGGAAAAGCAACGCAACCGAGUGUGGUGGUCAGCCAAGUCAUAGACAUGAGGGAUGAAGAAUUCUCAGUCAGUUCAGUCCUGGCCUCAGAUGUUAUCCACGCUAGCCGCAAAGACAUCCCUUGCAUAUUUAGAGUGACAGCGUCACAGCUCUCCCCCUCCAGCAGCCACAAGCCUUCCAUUUUAAUCCUGGCUGAUAGCGACCAGGAGAGGAACAAAUGGGUGGGCCUCCUCAAUGAGCUCCACCGCAUCCUCAAGAAGAACAAGCUCAAGGAGCGAUUUGUCUACAUCCCCAAGGAGGCUUACGACAGCACGCUGCCGCUCAUCAAGACAACGCAGUCUGCUGCAAUCAUAGAUCAUGAGCGUGUCGCCCUGGGGAACGAGGAAGGUCUUUUUGUCAUUCACGUCACCAAAGAUGAAAUAAUCCGCGUCGGAGACAACAAGAAGGUGCACCAGAUCGACCUGAUCCCGCAGGAACAGCUGCUGGCCGUCAUCUCUGGCCGAAACCGCCACGUCCGUCUCAUUCCGACACAGGCCCUGGAUGGCAGAGAGCUGGACUCGUACAAGCUGGGCGACACGAAAGGCUGCCAGACGAUUGUGUCCGGCUCCGUCCGCAACGGCUCUUUCACCUGCCUGUGUGUGGCCAUGAAGAGACAGAUCAUAUGUUAUGAGGUGAAUAAAAGUAAGGCCCGCAACCGUCGGAUGAGAGAGCUGCAGGCCCCAGCCAACGUCCAGUGGAUGGGUCUGCUCAGCGAGCGCCUUUAUGUGGGCUAUCAGUCGGGCUUCACCCGCUACAGUAUCCACGGAGACAUGUCACCCGUCAGCCUGCUCCAUCCUGAGGACCACACCCUGGCGUUCAUCCCGCAGCAGAACCUGGACGCGCUGUGCGCCGUGGAAAUUUCCAGUAAAGAGUUGCUGCUGUGCUUCAGCUCCAUCGGCGUGUAUGUGGAUUCUCAGGGUCGCAGGUCGCGGCAGCAGGAGCUCAUGUGGCCGGCCUUGCCCAACGCCGCCUGCUACAACGCCCCCUACCUGUCAGUGUACAGCGAGAACGCCGUCGACGUGUUUGACGUCAACAACAUGGAGUGGAUUCAGACCAUCCCUCUUAAAAAGGUUCGGCCUCUGAAUGUCGACGGCUCUCUGAACCUGCUGGGGCAGGAGACAGUUCGCCUCAUCUACUUCAGAAACAAGAUGGCUGAGGGUGACGAGCUGGUUGUCCCAGAGACGUCUGACAACAGCAGGAAACAGAUGGUGCGCAGCAUGAACAAUAAGAGACGCUUCUCCUUCAGGGUGCCAGAGGAAGAGCGACUUCAGCAGAGGAGGUACUUUACCGACAGCAGCAGGAAGCUCAUUAGU